CCGACUUUGGGAGUUCCUUUCUGCCUUGUAUGGAGGGCUGCUCCCGGCCCGUCUCCGCCCGGCUGCUCUGACGCCCGGCCCUCCCGCUGCCCACCCCCAGACACCUCCCUCUGACUUGCCCGGAGAAGCCAGACGGAGCCUCUGCCUUCCACAAGUCUCUCUGCCUGCCAUUCCCCGUUCCCGCAGCCACCCCACCCCCUCCCCAGCGCCGUCACCCCUCCUCCGCCCCCGCCCCCGCCUCCUCCUUCUCCUCGGCAAUCAGGGGAAUAAAUCAGGGAGGAAACCGAGAGGGAGAGCGAGAGCGCGCGAGCGCCGGCGGGCUCGCCCAGCUCUGUUUCCAAAGUCGCCCUUGAUGGCGGCGGAGGCGAGGCAGCCGCGGCGCGGAGCAGCCUGCGCGCGCUAGGGGGGCCGCCCGCCACCACCCCUUCCCGGCCGCCGGCUUCGCCCUCGCCGGCUGCCGCGCGACUCCACGCCUCGGGCCCCGGGUCCCUCCAGACGCCCGCGCUCCCGGCGGACUGUGCUCUUCCUUCUCCGCCCGCGGUUCCCGGCCCCGUCGCUUCCCCCGGUUGCGGAGGAAGGGGGCAUUGAUCUUCGAUCGCGAAGAUGGCUGCUGGCUGCCUGCUGGCCUUGACUCUGACACUUUUCCAAUCUUUGCUGAUCGGCCCCUCGUCGGAGGAGCCGUUCCCUUCGGCCGUCACUAUCAAGUCAUGGGUGGAUAAGAUGCAAGAAGACCUUGUCACACUGGCAAAAACAGCAAGUGGAGUCAAUCAACUUGUUGAUAUUUAUGAGAAAUACCAAGAUUUGUAUACUGUGGAACCGAAUAAUGCACGCCAGCUGGUGGAAAUUGCAGCCAGGGAUAUUGAGAAACUUCUAAGCAACAGAUCUAAAGCCCUGGUGCGCCUGGCUUUGGAAGCAGAGAAGGUUCAAGCAGCCCACCAGUGGAGAGAGGAUUUUGCAAGCAAUGAAGUUGUCUACUACAAUGCAAAGGACGAUCUUGAUCCUGAGAAAAAUGACAGCGAGCCAGGCAGCCAGAGAAUAAAGCCUGUUUUUAUUGAUGAUGCUAAUUUUGGACGACAAAUAUCCUAUCAGCAUGCAGCGGUCCAUAUUCCCACCGACAUCUAUGAGGGCUCAACAAUUGUGUUAAACGAACUAAACUGGACAAGUGCCUUAGACGAAGUUUUCAAAAAAAAUCGAGAGGAAGACCCUUCAUUGUUGUGGCAGGUGUUUGGCAGUGCCACUGGCCUGGCCCGAUAUUAUCCAGCUUCUCCAUGGGUUGAUAAUAGUAGAACUCCAAACAAGAUUGACCUUUACGAUGUACGCAGAAGACCAUGGUACAUUCAAGGUGCUGCAUCUCCUAAAGACAUGCUUAUUCUCGUUGAUGUGAGUGGAAGUGUUAGUGGAUUGACGCUUAAACUGAUCCGAACAUCCGUCUCAGAAAUGUUAGAAACCCUCUCAGAUGAUGAUUUUGUGAAUGUAGCUUCAUUUAACAGCAAUGCUCAGGAUGUAAGCUGUUUUCAGCACCUUGUCCAAGCAAACGUAAGAAAUAAGAAAGUGUUGAAAGAUGCAGUGAAUAAUAUCACAGCAAAAGGAAUCACAGAUUAUAAGAAGGGCUUUAGUUUUGCCUUUGAACAGCUGCUUAAUUAUAAUGUUUCCAGAGCCAACUGCAAUAAGAUUAUCAUGUUGUUCACGGACGGAGGAGAGGAGAGAGCCCAGGAGAUAUUUACCAAAUACAAUAAAGACAAAAAAGUACGUGUAUUCACAUUUUCAGUUGGUCAACAUAAUUAUGAUAGAGGACCUAUUCAGUGGAUGGCCUGUGAAAAUAAAGGUUAUUAUUAUGAAAUUCCAUCCAUUGGUGCAAUAAGAAUCAAUACUCAGGAAUAUUUGGAUGUUCUGGGAAGACCAAUGGUUUUAGCAGGAGACAAAGCUAAGCAAGUCCAAUGGACAAAUGUGUACCUGGACGCACUGGAAUCGGGACUUGUCAUUACUGGAACUCUUCCGGUCUUCAACAUAACUGGCCAAUUUGAAAAUAAGACAAACUUAAAGAACCAGCUGAUUCUUGGUGUGAUGGGAGUCGAUGUGUCUUUGGAAGAUAUUAAAAGACUGACACCACGUUUUACACUGUGCCCCAAUGGCUAUUAUUUUGCAAUCGAUCCUAAUGGUUAUGUUUUAUUACAUCCAAAUCUUCAGCCAAAGCCUAUUGGUGUAGGUAUACCAACAAUUAAUUUAAGAAAAAGGAGACCCAAUGUUCAGAACCCCAAAUCUCAGGAGCCAGUAACACUGGAUUUCCUUGAUGCAGAGUUAGAGAAUGAUAUUAAAGUGGAGAUUCGUAAUAAAAUGAUAGAUGGAGAAAGUGGAGAAAAAACAUUCAGAACUCUAGUUAAAUCUCAAGAUGAGAGAUAUAUUGACAAAGGAAACAGGACAUACACAUGGACUCCUGUCAAUGGCACAGAUUACAGUUUGGCCUUGGUAUUACCAACCUACAGUUUUUACUAUAUAAAAGCCAAAAUAGAAGAGACAAUAACUCAGGCCAGAUAUUCAGAAACUCUGAAGCCAGAUAAUUUUGAAGAAUCUGGCUAUACAUUCAUAGCACCAAGAGAUUACUGCAAUGACCUUAAAAUAUCGGAUAACAACACUGAAUUUCUUUUAAAUUUCAAUGAGUUUAUUGAUAGAAAAACACCAAACAACCCAUCAUGUAAUACGGAUUUAAUUAACAGAGUCUUGCUGGAUGCAGGCUUUACAAAUGAACUUGUCCAAAAUUACUGGAGUAAGCAGAAAAACAUCAAGGGAGUGAAAGCACGGUUCGUUGUGACUGAUGGUGGGAUUACCAGAGUUUAUCCCAAAGAGGCUGGAGAAAAUUGGCAAGAAAACCCAGAGACAUAUGAGGACAGCUUCUAUAAAAGAAGCCUAGAUAAUGAUAACUAUGUGUUCACUGCUCCCUACUUCAACAAAAGUGGCCCUGGUGCCUAUGAAUCAGGCAUUAUGGUUAGCAAAGCUGUAGAAAUAUAUAUCCAAGGAAAACUUCUUAAACCUGCAGUUGUUGGAAUUAAAAUUGAUGUAAAUUCCUGGAUAGAGAAUUUCACCAAAACCUCAAUCAGAGAUCCGUGUGCUGGUCCAGUUUGUGACUGCAAAAGAAACAGUGAUGUAAUGGAUUGUGUGAUUCUAGAUGAUGGUGGAUUUCUUUUGAUGGCGAAUCAUGAUGAUUAUACUAAUCAGAUUGGAAGAUUUUUUGGAGAGAUUGAUCCAAGCUUGAUGAGACACCUGGUUAAUAUAUCAGUAUAUGCUUUUAACAAAUCUUAUGAUUAUCAGUCAGUGUGUGAGCCUGGAUCUGCACCAAAACAAGGAGCAGGACACCGUUCAGCCUAUGUGCCAUCAAUAGCAGACAUAUUACAAAUUGGAUGGUGGGCCACUGCUGCUGCCUGGUCUAUUCUACAGCAGUUUCUCUUAAGUUUGACCUUUCCACAAGUCCUUGAGGCAGUUGAGAUGGAGGAUGAUGACUUUACAGCCUCCCUGUCAAAGCAGAGCUGCAUUACUGAACAAACCCAGUACUUCUUCGAGAAUGAUAGUAAAUCCUUCAGUGGUGUAUUAGACUGUGGAAACUGUUCCAGAAUCUUUCAUGUAGAAAAGCUUAUGAACACCAAUUUAAUAUUCAUAAUGGUGGAGAGCAAAGGGACAUGUCCCUGUGACACACGACUGCUUAUUCAAGCGGAGCAGACUUCUGAUGGUCCAGAUCCUUGUGAUAUGGUUAAACAACCCAGAUACCGGAAAGGGCCUGAUGUCUGCUUUGAUAACAAUGUCAUGGAGGAUUAUACCGACUGUGGUGGUGUUUCUGGAUUAAAUCCCUCCUUGUGGUCUAUCAUCGGAAUCCAGUUUGUACUACUUUGGCUGGUAUCUGGCAAACACUGCCUGUUAUGACCAUCUAAAACCAAAUCUUCAUAAUUAAACUCCAGACCCUGCCAAAACAUGAGCCCUGAACUACAUUAAAACAGGGUUGCCUGUGGAAUCAGCAGAACAUUAUGGGCCUACACCAUGGCAUAACACCUAAGGCGCAGACUUAUAAGGCACCCACUGGCUGCAUGUCAGGGUGUCAGAUCCUUAAACUUGUGUAAAUGCUGCAUCAUCUAUGUAUAACAUCAAAGCAAAAUUCUAUAUGUGCUCUAUUGGAAAAUACGGGAGUUCGUUGUUGCAUUGUUGGUGAUUACAUGUUAAUGGGCUCCCCAUACAAUUGUUUAUGAUUCAUAAGAAAUGUCUUGAUUUUGACAUGGAAUUUUGACUUGCUGCAAUUUUACCAAGAAACUCUUUAGGGAAAAGAAAAGUUAUCUUUGCCUUCACGUAGUCUUCUGUUAAAAGUUAGUUCCUGCUUUGAGUAGUGAUUGAAAAUAUAGAGAGAGCGCACGUGAGAGAGUUAACAUUGGUCUAAAUUGUUGAAAUAAAUAAUGGCUAAUUUUCUACAAAAAUUUGCCAUGAAUAAGAUGCCUUAUGAAGAAUGGCUUCUCUGCCAAAAAUAUAACACAAUUGAUGACCAAUUCAAUUUUGGUGGGGUAAUGAAAUGGUUUGAAAAUAACUAAGAAAUGUAUUAAACUAAAGGUGCUUGAGGGUAAAAUUUGAAUAUAUGAUAUAUUUCCUCAUAAAUGUAAGCCCUUAAUAAAUGCUUUGAUGUAAUGUUUCUUUUGUUCACAGAACAGUUACGUAGUGCUAGCCAGAUAUUUUUAAAUGCUCUAAGAAAAGCUUGUUGGGGGGAAGGGGAAAAUGUUUUUCUUGUGAUAAAUGAACUUUGGUUACCAAGGGCAUUUUGCAUGAUGCUGCUGCUAUUUUAACUUUUCAGUUUGUUUUUCUCUUAUUGUAGAAUGUAGUCCAUUGAAAAGCUAACUGAGUGACAUUAUUGUUAUGUAAGAAUCUGAACCUUGCAGUGUAAAUGCACUUAAGUCAUCUUUAAAAAUGUUAAACUACUCUGAAUAUACUGUGCAAUGUGAAUCUGAAUGACUGAGGUAGGUAAAUGGUGAAAUAAGAAUUAAUGGAUUUUAUAGAGAUUCGUGCUUUUGCCUGAAAACCUAUGUACAGAUAUUUUAAGUACAUAAAUCAGAUUUGACACAUUUAUUUUUUGAAAAGUACAUAUAUGUUCUCAAUGAAGAUUCAUCCUAGGUUUCCUCUUUGUUUGUUUCAAUAGUAGCACAUACAAUCCAAAAAUUUCUGCUAUUGCUGCUUUUGUCCCUCCAUCUUAAAUGGCAUGAUCAUUUGAUCAAAAUUUCCAUGCAAUUUGAUGAGGGUUUUACAAUAAUCUGAACAAACAGGAAACCUUGAAUCUAUAUGUAUGCACAUGAAUACUUGAUUGUGAAUAAAAAUUGUUUUUAUACAGCCUCAUUGGUGAAAUGGUUAGUGUAGUAAAUCAGAUAUUUCAUUAUAGAUUAAUAUGAUAGCAGAGUAUUAUUUAUGCUUUUAAAAAUUAUUUUCAGGAGUAAACAGUAUUUGAAGAAAGGGUAAAAACAAUGAAUGUGUAACUUUAGGGACAGUGAAUAAUUUUACUGAACCUGAGAGGAUGCAGAUAUUUUUUAUGGGAAAAUGCAUUAUUUACUUUUUUGAACAUGCCAAAUAUUGGUGGGUGUAUAGCUGGAAAUUUUCUUAAAUAUCAUUUUAAGUCAAAGUUAUUAAGAUUAUCCAGCAUGCUUUAGUAUGCUCCACAAAUAAAAGAUAUAACCAAUUCUUUACCCUAGUUUAAAAGAUAUAUUUGUUUUGUUUUUAGCUUUGCAUAUAUUUGUAAUUUUCUCCCACCACAAAUAUAACCUAGGUACCAUUUGUGUACAUUUUCUUAUUUAAGAUAUUUUUUAUUUAAAAUAGGGGGAAGGGAAAAAUGGAAUAACUUUGCCAACUAUUGUUCUAACAGUUGACAUCAGUUACCAUUUCUAAUGCAUUGUUGUAAUUUUGUAGUCUCAUUCAUAACUGGUAUAGACAUUUUAGAAAACACCAAAGUGAUUUAAAACAAUACGGAACUUCUCAUUCUAGUAACAAUAUAUGUUUAAGUCAUGUUGUUUGUUAAUUAAAUAUUCAAAACUUAUUGUUAACUUUUGCUAGACUAUUUUAAAUUAUGAAAGUGUUGGGAAGGGCAUAUCAAAAUAUAGAAUUGUUUGUGUAUAUAAACGAUGCACAUUGAAACUAUUAAAUUGCUUCCAGCCUACAACAAACUACCUUAAAAUUAUGUUAAAAGUCUGGUAUAUUUUCAUGGCUAAUGUUGUAUAGUAUGUUUUCAUCAACUAUAUUAUUGUUGUAUUCACCACAGUUAAGCCUGGCAUCUCUUGGCAGGGUCCUAUUUGAUUUCUAAUGACAUCAAAAUAUAUUUACAUGCAUUAGUUUUGCUAUCAGCCUUUAUUUUCUGUUAUAAAAUAAAGUUAUAUUAUGACAACCACAUACAUUGUAAUAAAUUGGGUAAGAACAUGCUCUCUGACUAAAAAUUGUUCUCAUGACUAGUCUUCAUAAUUUUAGCCUAUUUUUUUUUUAAAGACACUAACACUCAUCCCAUCAAACUGUUACAUUAAAUUCACUAUUUUUCUGUGGGUUCUAGCUGUUGAUAAGAAUUUAAACUAUAGCCUGUUAUUAAUUUGAUAUCCAAAGACUGAACAGUAUAAGAGAUCAAUAAAAAAGCUUCUAAACCUUUUACUUAUUUACUUUUUGCUAAACUGAUAUGGCUUACUGUAGUUUGUCACUAAAACAGAGUCAAAAUGUCUUGCAUUGGUGUUGAGUAACAGGAAAGAAUUGUGCAUUAAUGGUUUCUUUAUAUUUUUUUCAUUUGAACAACCAGCAUUACUGCCAAACACCAAUCGUGGUCCAUAUUUGUAACAGGUUUUUAACAUGACAUAGUUAGCAAGUUUGAUUGAAGAGAUUUUUAGGUCCUGGGCCUGUAAGAUUUUAGUAUGAUCUUUUUUCAUGUUUCUAAUGCUUGAAGCAUUAUUGCUUAACUUGGAAAAAAACAAAACAAUGUUGCUGCCAUUUGUAAUUUUUCCUAUAAUAUUUGUUUUAUUAAAUUUAAAACUGGCCUUAUGGGGUUCAAAUAGGCAGUAUCCCUUUUAAGUGACCUUUGCAAUCCAAGUGUUAACUUGCUUAUUUGAUGCUCUCUUGUAUUUUACAUCUCAUUUAAAUCUUUGUCUUGUCCCCAGAGCUUAUGUUCUAUGUCUUAAUUUAAAUCUCUUAAGCUAUUCCAUUGAUAAUGUUAGUUGACAUUCAAAUAUCUAAAGGCAUAUAGAGUCCAAAUUGUGAAACAAAAUGGAUGCCCUGACUUUUUUUUUUUUUUUUUUUUUUUUUUUUUAAGUGUAGAGUAGGAUGACUUUUUCACUUGCUCACAGUUUCAAAUAUUUUAUUAUCUGGAACUUGUUUCCUAUAGAAUGUUAAUAUUGUUAAUAUUCAGUAUGCAUUUUCUGUAAAGAGCAAAUCAAUAAAAUAGAAAUAUCAUAUUGAAAAACUUCCAGAAUUUCAAAGAAUUGGACAACCCUUAUCAAUAGUUUCAUCUUCCUUAUUUCUAGUUCACAUAAUUAUCUCAAAGAAAUUCCACGGAGACUAAUGGGAUACUGUCUUAGAUGCCAGUAGAGUUUCCAAUAUGACCUGGCAAAGCCGUCUUCUUUUGUUGUACUGUAUGAUUGUUGGGUCAUGCUUUUAGGGAUACUUUUAUUGAAAUGCUCAGUGUGUCUCCAUGUAAAAGACCAAGUGGCUUUUGUGAACAAUAGAUCUUUCCUCCCCUUUUAUUAUGUUCUCUUGACACUUUUGUGGAAAUUAACUAGCCUGACAAAAACAUUUUGUAAAAAUUUGUAUAAUACUGUUAUAAAAAUAUUUAUAAUCCCAGAAAAUGUUGUGUUAAAUCUUGUGCAAAAACAGUAUAUUCAGAAUAAAAGUUUAUCAUUUAAAGUCA